AUGGAGGACGGUGUCAGGAAGCGCCUACGAGCUGACGAACCCCCGUUCCUAUCAUCCUUCGACGAAACAUCGCCCUCUAAACGAACCAGAGCCAGAAUUGUCCCCACUUAUCGCAAUGACGAUAAGGGCCUGCCGACGAAUUCAUCCGCUGCAGAGCAUGACGGCGCAAAGAAGCCGGAGAACCCCCGCAAGAUAGCCUCCACAUCUAGCGAAAGUGAGGAGGACGAUGAUGAUGAUUACACUUCCUCCUCUGGCUCCGAUGACGACAGCGACAGCGAUGGAGAUGGCGAAGAUGAGGAUCAAGAAGCCGAUUAUAGUUCCGACCAGGCAUCCCGCGCUGGUUCUUCCCUACCGCGCAUUUCGGCGCAACAGAAACCUCGGAUACACCGCAUCACAAAGGAACCGGAUCUGCUCUCCCGACUUUCUGCAUUUCUGCCGAAGCUGAAGAGUGCCAAUGAGGAUCUACAACGAGAGAUAGCCGCGGGGAGAGGCAAAGAUCUACAACUGGACGAAGUGGAGAACCAGGAGGGCCAGUACAUUGAAAUGAACCUCGGACUAGGCGUUUUUGAAGAGAAACGUGCUGAUGGCAGUACCUCUACUGAUGAGGAGAUCAGCAACGGUCAAGAAUCUGCAAACGAUGAAGAUGCUGCAGAAUCGGAUACUAAAUUGCAGAAAGACUCCGAUAUUUUGGAUAAACUGAUGGGCAAGAAGAAAUCUUCGGAUCAAAAGCCCACGAUUCAAGAAUUGACUGAGCCACGAUCUUCUUAG